UACCAACUCUUGCAUUUGUACAUUAAUGGCAAUUCUUAUUUGUUAGUCCAUAAUCUUCACUUUUUUUGUAUUUUCCACCCCGAUUCUCUCUCUUUUCCUUUUUCCACUCUCUCUCUUCUCUCUCUCUCGCUUUCAGUUUUCCACUCUCUCUCUCUGAAAUUCUCCGUCCCGGUUCACUGUGCUUGAAGAACUUUCUCUUAUUUUUAUUCUCUGUUGUUUUCGCCAUUGGAGACCUAUUUACCGUGCAAACUAUACGCAAUUUUCAUCUUUCUUUUUCUAAUUUUGUUUUUUCUUCAUAUUAUUGCGUACGAUGAGCGAACCAGAGGAGAGGUUUUCCGGCUUAGAUCCAGCGUUCGCGGGUUAUGGUAUUGAGUCUGGAAAAUGCAGUAGCAAGAUGAGUAUGGAAAAGAAAAAGGAAAUAAUCCAUGAGAUUGCCCAAAAAUCCAAAGCCGCGUCUGAAACCCUUAGGUCUUUUACCCGCAGGGAGCUACUUGAAAUUAUCUGUGCUGAAAUGGGGAAAGAAAGGAAAUACACGGGAUAUUCGAAAUCCCAAAUGAUAGAGCACCUUUUGAGGUUGGUCUCUCAGAAAUCCGAGAGAAGCAGCACCCUUGCCUUUUUACUAGACAAAACUCAAACUGGAAAUAAGAGGCCCCGGAACACGGACCGAUCAUCUGUUGUGCUCUCGGACUCCAAUCAUACGUCCUUUGAGACUGAUGAGGAAUGUACUGAAGUCAAGCUUUGUCAGAACGUGGCUUGCAAAGCACCUCUAAAUCCACAGCUUGCUUUUUGCAAGAGAUGUUCGUGUUGCAUCUGCCAUUGCUAUGAUGAUAACAAGGAUCCAAGUCUUUGGCUGACCUGUGGCUCCGACCCUUCAAAUGAGAAGGACUCCUGUGGAACGUCAUGUCAUUUGGAGUGUGCCCUGAAGCAUGAAAGGACAGGAAUUGUGAAGAAUAGUCUCUGUGAAAAAUUAGAUGGAAGUUUUUAUUGCGUUUCAUGUGGAAAGAUCAAUGGAUUGAUGGGUAGUUGGAGAAGACAACUGCUGACCGCAAAGGAGGCAAGAAGAGUUGAUUUACUAUGUCUAAGACUAUCCUUGUGUCACAAGAUUCUUGUAGGGACAAAUAUAUACAAGGAAGUGCAGAAAACAGUAGAAUUGGCCGUGAAUAUGCUGACAAAUGAAGUGGGGCCCCUAGAUGAGGUUUGCUUAAGGAUGGCAAGGGGAAUUGUCAACCGGCUAUCCUGUGGUGCGGAGGUCCAGAAACUUUGUGCAUCUGCUGUGGAGGCCUUUGAUUCUAUGUGUUGUGCCCCUUACAGAGGUUGUAUGCAAAAGGGAGAAACAUUGAACUGCGAGAUCCUGUUUGAAGACUCUUGCCCUACCUCGGUGAUUGUCGUGCUUCGAUACGAUGAUCGUCUGUUGAUGGACUUCUUAGGCUGCAGACUUUGGCAUCGCAGUGCCAGCAUGGCUGUUUAUCUUGAUCAGCCAUCUUUCAUCGCAUUGAAGCCAGAAAAGAGGUUUAAGAUCAAUGAUCUUUUUCCUUCAACUGAGUACUUUUGCAAGGUCUCUUUAUUUAGUAGCACACAAGUCUUUGGUGUUUGGGAAGCCAAAUGGGUCACGCCAAAAUUAUCAAAGCCGUGUCCAGCUUUGGGAAUACAUAGAAAUGGAGAAAUUAGGAGCACUAAUCUACUUCAUUCUCGGGUAGAUUCGAAAAACAACCUGAUUAAUCAAUAUCCACUGGAUGGACUCUACAAGAGCAAAUGCGAAGGGCUCUACAAAAAUCUCUCCCCAAAGAACUCAAUCACUCCAAUGAGACCAAUAUCAGUUUGUCCUCCCACACCUUGCAAAUUAAGCGAGACCCGCAUCCUACUCGGUUUGAAUUGCAAAAGGCGAGCCGAAGAGUCUGACUACGAUUAUUCUGUUAGAAUGGUGAAGUGGCUAGAGCACGAAGGGCACAUCGGCGAAGACUUCCGAGUGAAGUUCCUCACUUGGUUCAGCCUGAAAGCAUCAGUGAAGGACAGAAGAGUUGUUAGUGCUUUUAUCGAUGCUUUGAUCGACGACCCGCCGAGCUUGGCAGGGCAGCUAAGCCACACCUUCAUGGAUGAGAUCUUCUGCAACCAGAAACCGGCUUUGAAACAAGAAUAUUGCAAUUGGAUAUGGCGUUAAGAGCUGCAGGGUAGUGUAGGCUAAUCUUCUAUAGAUUUGAACAUAUCUUGGGCUGUAGUGAAGCACAGUAUGUAGGCCAUUUUGUGACUGACUGACUGGCUGAUUUGGAGCAAAUACACGUGAAGCUCCUCCCCACUCCUCACUCCUCAGGUUUUACUUUUUCAAGUUUCAAUGCUGUACUUGGUUUUGGAACUGUCACGUUCAGUUCAGAUGCAAUUUAUACGGUUCAACUUAGUGAUAAAACAGUCUUUCUGAUGCAUCAAGCAGGAAAUUGUAUAGAGCUUUGGUCUUUCUUUUUUUUUGUUUUUUCCCCCGUAAUUCACGUGGUUAGGCUGGGUUAAUUGAUGAAUUGGAUUGCCAAGUGGCACCUUUCUGCACAAAUAAAUUGCAGGAGUCUUUCCUAA